AUGGAUCCUAAAAAUUUGGCAUUUGCUCUUGGAUAUACUAAAUGUUUAUUAAAAUUGUCUAAAUUUACCCAGAUUAUUGAACUUUCUAAUGUGAUUCCUUUCUUAGCAUCGUCAUCAGAAUGUUGGCGUUUUCUUAGUAUUGCUUAUUAUAAGCGAGCUGACUACAAAAUGGCUAAUGGAUGCUGUAUCGAGGCGUUGAGACUAGAUUCAGAAAAUAAAUUAGCUGACAAGCAAAGAAAAUAUCUCAAAAAACUAGGAAAAGGAAAUCUAAAUGACCGUCUUACUAUUCGUUAUGAAAAAAAGGUCAUAGAUUACGAACCGGAUUACUUCAAAAAUUCUAAAAGUAAUGAGAAUCUUGUUUACAAUAUCCUUUCGAUUGAUGGCGGAGGUAUUCGUGACAUACUACCUGCAUUAUGGCUCAGCGAAAUAGAAUAUCGUACACACAGGCCUAUUUCUCAUUUGUUCAAUAUGAUAGCUGGAACAUCUACUGGUGGUAUCAUUGCUGCUGGACUAUCGGCCCCGGUAUUGCACGAUAAAAGUUAUUCAAAUAUACAACCAGUAUUUUCUGCUUCAGAAUUAUUAGAUUUUUACCGAAAUCAUGCGAUGAAAUUGUUUACUGUUGACGAAAAUCAGAAUUACUUCACUUCUUUCCUUUCAUCAACCAAGUAUAAAUAUACAAACAGUGGUCGUUCUGCCCUGUUUAAAGAACGUUUUAACAAAACAAAAUUGCACCAAUCACUCACCGAAUUGGUCAUCCCUGCAACGAAUGAAGUAACACCAUAUUUAUUUACACGUUACGAUGCUUGUAAUGAUGAAUUAAAAAAUGAUAGUUUUGUUGAUACUUUAAUGGCCACGACAGCUACACCCACUUUUUUCCCACCCUACGAGAUAAAGAAUAAAGGUGUUUUCCUUGACGGAGGUGUACAUAUUAAUAAUCCAGCAAUGACAGCUUACCAUGAAGCUAUUCGAUAUAACGUAGAUAUCAAAAAAGUUUUUAUGCUUUCUUUAGGUACUGGGAGUUAUAUACCAAACCCUUCGAAGCCCGAUCUUUAUAGGGAAAAGCUUUUUUGGUCACAAAAUAGUUAUAAAAUAUCCGAGGAUGAAAAUGAAAUUGAUCGUCAAAUGUAUCAUUUGUUGGGAAAUUGUUAUCAGCGAUGGCAGGUCUGGCUUGAAGAACCGAUAGGAUUAGACUAUUGUAAAAUGAUUCCACAUCUCUUAGAGAUAGGUAAUCAGUAUUUGGAGGAGUUGGAUUACUCUGAUGAAAAUCCCAUUAAUAAGUUAGUAGAAUCUUUUGAAAAUAAGAAUUUUUUACUGUACUAG